UUGACCGACGUGCAAGACGAGUCUGGCGGGCGGGGAUGGUUCGAUCCAUCGAUCGGCGCUCUGCUCGGCAGGCAGGAGGCGUUGCUUUGCGGCUGCGCGGAGAAGAAGCAAGAUGGCGGGCAGCCCUCCUCCUCCGCUGAAGCCCUGGGAGAACCAGCGUAGAAUAUCACCGGAUGUGGGGGCCAGCCCACUGACCCGACCUGGGCAGCCCACUCUCACUCGAGUGCCCCCUCCAAUUGCGCCAAGGCCCACGCAGCAGACUGGGAGCACUGCCCUGAAUACCUUCCGGCCCACCUAUGGCAGCUCUUUCUCUUCGGGCUAUGGUACAUAUGGGAGCAGCAUGUAUGGCAAUUCGUUUUACAGAAGCUACAGCCCUUACAGUUAUGGAUAUGGAGGCCUGGGCUACAACCGCUUUCGGAUGGACGAUAUCCCGCCCAGCCGGUUUGUUCAGCAGGCAGAGGAAAGCAGCCGAGGCGCCUUUCAGUCCAUCGAAAGCAUCGUGCACGCCUUCGCCUCCGUCAGUAUGAUGAUGGAUGCUACCUUCUCGGCUGUCUACAACAGUUUCCGAGCAGUUCUUGAUGUGGCCAAUCACUUCUCUCGCCUAAAAAUACACUUCACCAAGGUGUUUUCUGCUUUUGCGUUGGUCAGAACUAUAAGGUACCUCUACAGGCGGCUGCAGAGAUUGAUGGGUCUAAGAAAAGGCUCUGAGAAUGAUGAUUUAUGGGCAGAAAGCGAAGGGACGGUGGCCUGUGUCGGUCCUGAAGAAAGAGCAGCCCACUCUGCAAAAUCGUGGCCCAUUUUCCUGUUCUUUGCUGUCGUUCUUGGAGGACCCUACCUCAUAUGGAAGCUGCUGUCCAGCUACAGUGAUGAUGAAACAGCAUCCAGUCACUGGGCAAGUGGAGAAGCUGACCAUGUUGUGGGGAGAGCGGAAUAUGACUUCAAUACUGUUUCAGAAGAAGAAAUUUCUUUCCGUGCUGGUGAAAUGCUAAUAUUGGCACCCAAGGAACAACAGCCCAAAAUUCGUGGCUGGCUUUUGGCCAGCCGUGAUGGGCAAACAACAGGACUUGUACCAGCAAAUUACAUCCGAAUACUUGGUAAAAGGAAAGGAAAGAAGACCACAGAGCUGGAAAAGAUUACAGAGCACCAGCCUGCUGUUCACAAUGCGCCUCUGGUUCCAGGAGGUACAGCUGCUGACACGUUGGAGGAGCAAGAAGCUGCCUUUGAGUCUGUCUUUGUGGAAAAUAAUAAAGAUCCCAUCACAUCUGGCUCUGCCAUGCUCAGUGGAGAUAAACAGGACCUUUGACGGGUCUGGAGGUUUAUGAAACUGGUCAGCACAUACUUGUCAGUAAUGCUGUAGGGUAACCAUUCAGUAGUGAUGUAGCAGAACACCGUUGUUGACUGUAUCUGCCUGAUGAAAUCGUAGAGAGGGACGUUAUUGGCCCUAGUCCUGGGCUUGGUUCAUUUAAUGUUGGAUGGCUGGAUUAAGCAUACCAGGCAGGAGCCAGUAUUUCUGUGCCAGGCACGGGUGAGUUAUCAGUCAAGAAGGUAUAGCAUCUUAUCCCAUUUGGUUGUUGGAGCUGUUCUAAAAUCUACCUGGGAUAGCUCCCUGUUUGGAAUUUUUUUAGGGCUGAAUUAUCUUCUCAUUACAUUAUAGACACUGUGAUAAAGUAUGUUUCAGAGUCUUUCAUCAUAUGGUGAGAUUCCAUUUUCCUCUUAAAGUGGUAUUGUGUGGUAGAAGGGGAAUCUCAGAGUCAUGGAUUUGUUGGACUGUCCUCCAAAAACCCUCCAGUUUCACUGACCCAAUAGUGAACACUUAUCUGUGAAAGAUGUUCUAGAGCUGAUAGCAGUUUUAUUUUAUCCUAGUUCUAUGAUACAUGAGACCAGCUUACUUGGGUGUCUCUUCAUAAACAAACUUGCUCCUUGUAACAUGAUACUCCUUUGUGUUGGCACCUAUCUCCGCACUUGAAGCCUUAGGCAAUCCUCUGCCUAGAUUGGUAGUCAAUUGCUCUUAAACUGGAACAUUUACAUCAAUCUCCUCUUCCAGUUCAAGGAUGCUUCACCUUUUUCCAUGGCUGACAUUUAAGAGGUAGGAAAGGUUACAUUUUGGAUGGCAAUUACUCACAUUUCUCAGCCAUAAUGACCACUAACAAAUAUGGGCUAGAUUUCCUGAGAACAGAAAUCCCAAAUGAAGCUUCUGCUGCAAUUAGAUCUGUCAAAUUAGAUCACACUAAGGAUCAAACUCGGCUUGUUGUAUGCUAGGUCUGUACACUUUAAACCUGUUUCUACUCCAUGACUUGUUGUGUGAACCUGAAUGAUAGGUAAAAAUGAUAUUGGUCUCUAUUUCUUUAGCUAGUCUCAUCAGAUGUUGUUAACUGUAAGCAGGCUAUAAAUAUACUGCUUAGUCAAGCUGAAUGUGUGGUGCUAAGCUUGGCAUUUACUUCUGAAAGAGGCUGGCAUGGAAAUAAAACUUCAAUUCACAGAAAUCAUGCUUCCUACUUUAUCAGGGCCAAAUAGAUAAAAAUUCAGGUUUAAUUUGAGAAGGUUGGGUGAUGAGUAAUAACAAUACUUUCAGGGUGUAAUUUAGCUAGAUAAGUUGGUACAUUGUAUUUUAAAGCUGUAUAGUAUUCAUUGCUAAGAUCUGAAUUUGCAGUGCUGCAAAAUUCCCUAUUCAUCUUCUCAGCCAAUCUUGAAAUAAAUUAUUUCUAAAAUUGGAAAGUACUAAAUAUCUUGGAUAUUUUAAAUAAAAGUUCCACUAGUCAAUGAAUACCUUAUCUGCAGUUUCACUGUGAGGUAAUUACCAUAUUGAUGGGAUUUUUUGCACUCAUUUCUGAAUGUUUGGAGUUUUUUUAAGUUACAUAAACAUCUUAAAAUAACUUGGAUUAUUUGCUAGCCUACAUGAAGGCUAUUUCCAAACUUAUUAAGGUUCAUUUAUUAUUCACUUUAUGACUGCCUGCUGUGUUAAAGCCCAAAACACGGGAAAGGUUUUGUUUUCUCUUUCUGUUUCAUAAUGAAUUUGUACAAUAAUUUAUGGUGAAAACGUUGCACUUUUGGUUCAACAAGAUUUUGUACCAAUUGCAGGGUGCACAAACAGAACCAGGUAGUUCAGCUUCAAACAACAUAAGAGACCAAUUAAAUAUUGAUCACUUUUGCAUGGAAGCUCCUUACUAUUUGGUUUCCUCAUUUUGCUUUCUGAGGUGCAUUACAAAAUUAGGUAGGCAUAUUUUCAUAUAUUUAAUACCGUGCAUUGUAAGAAAUGUUUCAGUAUUCCAGAGGUCUAUGAAAAAUUCAAACUGACAUGGGGGUGGGAAAUGUUUCAAAUUUUAAUUAGGUUUCUUUUUUUUCAGUUUGUUUGCGAGGCCUGAACAUCAUGGUUUAUUGUUUUCCUGAUAAUCAUAAAUUAUAUCAGUAGGCUGACAAGUGUUUGCUUCUAAAGAAAUCACUGUUAACUAACAGGCUGUUUCAGUCUAAUGCUCAAUGCGUUUACUCAGCUGCCGCUGGGGCUCACUUCUCAGAAGUGUAUAGUUCAGUCUCUUUGAACUUGCUUGAUUAUAGUUAACAGAAUAUCAAACCUAUGCAUAUCACAUUUCAAACAGAUAAGUAUGCAUAGUGAGCCUUGACUCUGCCCUGUUGACUUUGUACUUGUUUCAGUGGAACCGGAAUGAAAAAAGGUUGUAACGAGUAGAUUUACUAGAGAUUUUAUCAUGCAGUUGGAUUAACCUGUAAGAAUCUAUUAAAUUUUGUUGAAAAUUGA